AUGCGGCCCGCGGGCGUGGAGGGCGCGGGCGGCCCCAGAGGGAAGGACAAAGACGCCUUCGAUGCCGUGUAUCAGCUGGGGCGGCUCCUGGGCAAGGGCGGCUUCGGGACGGUCUACUCUGGUCACCGGCUGGCUGAUGGACUGCAGGUUGCCAUCAAACACAUAGCGAAGAACAAAGUCGCGCACUGGUCCAAGCUGCCCAGCGGGCUCCGAGUGCCCCAGGAGGUGACGCUGAUGAAGCGGGUGUGCGCCAGGGGCGGGCACCGGGGCGUGAUCCACCUGCUGGACUGGUACGAGACCCCCGAGGGGUUCCUCCUGGUGCUGGAGCGGCCCGAGCCCUGCCAGGAUCUCUUCGACUACGUGACGGAGCGGGGGCCCCUGGCUGAGGGGCAGUGCCGGCGCUUCUUCCGCCAGGUGCUGGAGGCCGUGCGGCACUGCCAUGCCCGGGGGGUGGCGCAUCGGGACAUCAAGGACGAGAACAUCCUGGUGGAGCUGCGCACCGGCCGCCUCCAGCUCAUCGACUUCGGCUCCGGCACCCUCCUGCAGGACACGGUCUACACGGAGUUCGACGGCACCCGUGUGUACAGCCCGCCGGAGUGGGUGGGGCUGCAGCAAUACCAUGUGCUGCCGGCCGCCGUCUGGUCCCUGGGGGUCCUGCUCUACGACAUGGCCUGCGGCGACGUCCCCUUCCAGCGCGACGAGGAGAUCCUGGCCGCGCGGCUCCACUUCCCGGAGCCCCUGCCUGAGGGCUGCCAGGAUGUGAUCCGAUGGUGCCUGUCCCCAGAGCCCUCAGACCGACCCACGCUGGAGCAGCUACUCCAACACCCCUGGCUGCAGCCUGAUCCCCAGUUCCAACCGGAGGAGGAGCCACAGAACCCGGCGCCCCCUAGGGGCACCGCUGGCAACAGCAGCUGCUGAAAGACUUGGAUUUGCCCCGUGUCUCCCUGCCGGGAUGGGGACCCACCCCCAUGGGGAACACUUCCGCCUCAGGCAGCUGGGCCUGUGGCCAGCUGAGAUCAGAGUUGACCUGGUUUUACAGGUGUCUAGAGCUGGGGAUAGAACCCAGGAGUCCUGGCUCCCAGCUUCCCCCCUUCUAACCACUAGACCCAACUCCCCUCCCAGAGCUGGGGAUAGAACCCAGGAGUCCUGGCUCCCAGCUUCCCCCCCCUUCUAACCACUAGACCCAACUCCCCUCCCAGAGCUGGGGAUAGAACCCAGGAGUC